CCAUUUUGCAUGUUUUUAGCUGUUGGGAAGAAUAUUGUCAUACGCACAGUUACACUGUAGAAGCAUUACUGAAUCUGCCUGUUAUUUAUAUGAGUGUAAGGCUCAAUAUAAUGUGGAUUUGGUAUUUGAUGCCCAUUUGCCUCACCAUAUGGUUCACCGUUGGUAUCUGGAUUGUGUACGCUAUAGCUGUGACUAAUGGAUCAGUAGAUAUCACUGCUGGCGUUCCAUACAUCAGCAUUUGUGGAGCAUUCCCACCCCAGAGCUGUUUAUUUGGACAAGUUCUUAAUAUUGGGGCAUUUUUUGCUGCCUGGAUUGUAGUAUUGAGAUUUCAGCAACUCAGAGACUAUGGCUAUAACUCCCAUCUGAACUCAGCAAGCUUGGUCAUGGGGUGUUUGUGUGCCUUGGGAACAUCCAUAGCUGGAAAUGUUCAGAUUUCUGUACAAGAAGAGGCUCACCUAGUAGGAGCUUUCUUGGUAUUCGUCGCUGGUAAUGUUUAUUUUUGGAUGCAGUCAGUCCUGACCUAUAAAGUAAAGUCAAGCCAUGAUGGGCAUUGGGUUGCACCAACUAGAUUUCUCCUCAGUGCAGCUUGCACAGCAUUGAUUGUCAUAAUGGUGGUCUUCUUUACAGAGAAUAUGAAAUCAGCAUCAGCAAUAUGCGAGUGGAUUGUUGCCAUGAUUAUAUUCGUGCUGAUUGGAUUGUUUUCAGUUGAAUUCUGGCAUUUUGAUACGGUUACUCUCCAUGUCCUGAAGAGGAAGAUAACAAUUCCUAAUGAAAUGCAGGUCUCAACUAUAGCAUUGUAUUAACGUGGAUCUAGAGAGAGGAAAAAACGCACUUUCAUGUGAUUCAGAAUGGUACAUUUCUCUAAGGAAAAUGAGAGUAAGCUCUUCAGAACCCCCUUCCUCUCAUUAUCCAUUAUUACUGUUAUGUCUAGUUAGAAUGUAUUGCACUUGUAUUGUAUCUAAUACAUAGCAUAUUCACGUUAUCUAGUGCUGCAGAAUAUGAUGGUACUUUACAUAGAAACAAUAAUAAAAAUAUUAAUAUAAA